GCCUGCCUCUGCCCCGGCCGCGGAGCUGCGAUGCCCUCGGACUUCAUCUCUCUCCUCAGCGCCGACCUCGACCUCGAGUCCCCCAAGUCCCUCUACUCCAAGGAGUCUGUCUAUGACCUUCUCCCGAAAGAGUUGCAGUUACCGCCCUCCAGAGAACUCUUGGUAGCAUCCAUGAGUCAAACAAGUGGUGGUGAGGCAGGUUCGCCUCCUCCAGGUGUAGUUGCUGCUGAUGCUUCUUCAGCUCCCUCCUCUUCCUCCAUGGGCGGUGCUUGCAGCUCCUUUACCACCUCUUCCAGUCCCACCAUUCACUCUACCUCAGUCACUGACAGCAAAGCUAUGCAAGUGGAGAGCUGCUCCUCAGCCAUGGGGGUAAGUAACCGAGGGGUAAGUGACAACCAGUUAACCAAUAACACAGCCCAGCAGCAGCAGCAGCAGUCCACGCCGAAGAGGCACACGGUCUUGUACAUCUCUCCGCCACCAGAAGAUUUGCUGGACAACAGCCAGAUGUCCUGCCAGGACGAGGGGGGCACCCUGGAGUCUGAGCAGAGCUGCAGUAUGUGGAUGGAGGAUUCCCCCUCCAACUUCAGUAACAUGAGCACCAGUUCCUACAAUGAUAACACAGAGGUGCCACGUAAAUCCCGAAAGCGAAAUCCAAAGCAGAGGCCGGGGAUCAAACGCCGAGACUGUGAAGAAUCGACCAUGGAUAUCUUUGAUGCUGACAGUGCCAAAGCGCCUCACUAUGUCCUUUCUCAGCUCAGCACGGACAGCAAAAGCAGCCUGAAAGCAGGAAAUGGAACAUCAGAAGCAGCAAAAGCAGCUGGAGGGAAGAAGAGCCCUAUGCUGUGUGGUCAGUACCCUACUAAGAGUGAAGGCAAGGAGCUGAAGAUCUUGGUGCAGCCAGAGACCCAGCACCGAGCUCGCUACCUGACGGAGGGCAGCCGGGGCUCUGUGAAAGACGGGACGCAGCAAGGGUUCCCCACUGUCAAGCUGGAAGGGCACAGUGAGCCAGUGACCCUGCAGGUGUUCGUAGGGAAUGACUCUGGCCGGGUGAAGCCUCACGGAUUCUAUCAGGCCUGCAGGGUCAUGGGCCGAAACACCACCCCAUGCAAAGAAGUGGACAUCGAGGGCACCACCGUCAUUGAGGUGGGCCUGGAUCCAAACAACAACAUGACCCUGGCGGUUGACUGUGUAGGAAUCCUGAAGCUGAGGAAUGCCGAUGUUGAAGCAAGAAUAGGCAUUGUGGGCUCCAAGAAGAAAAGCACACGAGCGAGACUGGUGUUCCGCGUGAACAUCCCUCGGAAGGACGGCUCCACUCUGACCCUGCAGACCCCCUCCUCCCCCAUUCUGUGCACUCAACCAGCAGGUGUGCCAGAAAUCCUAAAGAAAAGUCUGCACCGCUGCUCUGUAAAGGGGGAAGAGGAAGUCUUCCUGAUCGGCAAGAACUUUCUGAAGGGAACUAAAGUGAUCUUCCAGGAGAAUGUGUCUGAUGAAAAUUCCUGGAAAGCAGAAGCAGAAAUUGACAUGGAGCUAUUCCAUCAGAAUCACGUAAUUGUGAAGGUGCCACCCUAUUAUGACCAGCAAAUAACUGCACCUGUUUCCGUGGGAAUCUACGUGGUGACCAAUGCUGGGAGAUCCCACGACAUACAGCCGUUUACGUACACUCCAGACCCAGCAGCUGGUCCUCUGAACGUCAGCGUGAAGCAGGAGAUAGACAGCCCAGCCCAGCCCUGCUCUUUUGACGAAGCCAUCACAGUGAAUCCCAGUGGUUGCAACCUCGAGAAGGUAAAUGUCCUUCCCAGUGCCUUGAUAAGUCCACUGCGGCCGAGCAGCGGGAUCAAGAGUGAGGAGGCUGCUCCAAUGGAGCUUGCAGCUGAGAAACCGUCUCCUGCAGUCUUCAAGGCAGGCGGCGUGGUUGGCCCCUCCUCAGCAGCACUGGAGAGCAGCCUGCCCACCAUGCUGGGAAAUGGCACUUUCUCCUCUCCAGUUUCUCAUCUAGCUUCAGAGAGUGAAAAGCAGCAGCCCAAAGUGAUGCCCAGCCUCCAACCACAGGACAUUGCCCAGCCUGGCAGUUUCCCAGCAGCCUCCGCUCCGAGCCAGCUGCAAAACAGUGACACCUUGUUGCAGCAGGCGACUCAGUUCUCCUCAAGAGAGGUCCAGCCAGACCCUACAGUGCUGACUCUGUCUCAGUUGAGCGAGGCGUCGCAGCAGCAGUCUCCCCUGCAGGAGUCAGCCCAGGCGCUACAACAGCAGAUCUCGUCAAACAUGUUCUCCUCAGCGAAUGGGGUGAGUCAGCUGCAAAGCACCAUCCAGCAGCUGCAGGCGGGGAGCUUCCAGCCCAGCACUACUGGCAGCGGCGGCAGCGGAAGCGUGGACUUGGUCCAGCAAGUGCUGGAAGCUCAGCAGCAGCUGUCCUCCGUUUUGUUUUCUGGCUCAGACAAUGAGGAUGUCCAAGAACAGCUCAAUGUGGAGAUGUUCCAGCAGGUCAGCCAAAUCCAAAGCAGCGUCAGCCCAGGGAUGUUUCCCUCCUCGGAGACGGCCUGUUCAAGAGCAGAGGACCUUCUUUCCGGAAGAGUCGAGAAUGUCCACCAGCAGCCCGAGAGCUCCCUGUCCAGCCAGCAGCAGGCCAUGGAGACCUCUGCAGCAGCAGCAGCAAUGGUGCUGGAAAUGCAGCAAGGCAUGUGCCAGGCUGCUGGCCAGAUGCAGCCGGACCUGUUCUCCUCCUCCACCACUUCUUCAGGGAACGGAAAUGUCCAGCAGCCACCACCUCCUGUGUACCAGCAAGCUUCCCACCUGAUGGGUGGGCUCUCGGCCUCAGAAGACAUGCAGAUGCAGUGCGAGCUGUUCUCUCCAGCCAGCAUUUCUGGCAGCGAAGCCGCCUCCCCACCCCAGCAACAGGUCUCUGCCAGCGGCUCCGCUUUGUUCCAGUCCUCUGGCUCCACCGAGAACAAAGAAGCCUCAGGCCAGGCCGAGCAGCUGCAGAACACUGUCUUUCAGGCCAUGGUGCAGAUGCAGCACGGCGGGGAGAACCAGCCUCAAGUCAGCCUCUUCUCUUCCUCCGAGGACAUGAUGGCUGUCCAGGGCAGCGGGGUGCAGCAGCAAGGGGGGGGCCUGUUCCAGCAGAGCGGGGAGAUGAUGUCUCUGCAGGCCGGGAGCUUUCUGCAGCAGGCUCCCCACUCCCAGGCGCAGCUUUUCCACUCUCAGGGCCCGAUGGGGGAUGCCCAGAACAUCUCGCAGGAAACCCAGAACUCGCUCUUUCACAGCCAGAGCACGUCGUCCUCCUCCUCGGAGCAGCUGCAGCCACCCAUGUUCCACUCCCAGAGCAGCAUGGGAGUCCUGCAGAGCAGCUCAGUUGUGCCAGACCAGCAGCCGAGCAGCAUGUUCCUCUCCCAGAGUGCCAUGAGCAGCUCCGUCACGCAGGAGGAGCAGAUGCCGUUCUUCGCCACCCCGAGCUCCAUUUCUUCCCUGCAGACAUCUGCAAAUGCCGAGCAGCAGACCUCAUUCCAGCAGCAGCAGCAGCAGCAGGCGGCUCAGCUCUCCCACCUGCAGGGCUCGCUGCUUUCCCAAGAGCAGCCCCAGAACCCGCAACAGGGCUUGUUCCAGCCUCCAGUGCCCCUUGGCUCCCUUCCCUCCUCUGCGGUUUCCCCAAACCAGCAGGGGGGCAUGUUCCAGCCCUCACACUCGCUUGUGGCUCUUCAGAGCAGCGCCCCAUCUCAAGAGCAGCAGCAGCAGCAAAACAUGCGGUUCAGCAGCCAGAACCCCCUGGGCCCAAUGACACCGCAGGAGCCCGGCAUGAUGUUCGCUGCCAGCCCCAGCUCCAUGGCUGGCCAGGAGCAGCAGCAGCAGCAGAGCCAGUCCCUCUUCCACCCCCCAACGGGCAUGAGCCAGGAGCAGCAGCCCAUGCAGUUCCAGAGCCAGAGUUCAGGCUCUGCCCAAGCUGAAGCCCAGCAGCCCGCCUUGUUCCACAAUUCUCCCCAGAUGCAGCUGGUCCAGGGCUCUCCCGGCUCUCAGGAGCAGCCGGUCACCCUCUUCAUCUCUUCGGCUUCCAUGUCUGCCUUGCAGAACAGCCUCAGCCAGCAGGAGCUGCAGCAGCCCUCCCUCUACUCUUCCCAGGGCAGCCUCCAGAGCACCUCGUCACCCCCCCAGCAGCAGCAGCAGCAGCAGCAGGCAGCGUUAUUCCAUAACUCUCACAGCAGUGCCCUGAACCAGCUGCAGAACUCCUCAGCUUCAUCUCAGCAGACCUCUGGGAUCUUCCUCUUCGGCAUCCAAGACAACUGUGGCCAGCUGCUGACAUCUGGACCAGCCACCAUGUCCGAGCAGAUGCUCACGAUCAGUCAGCCGCAAGGGGAGGCCCAGCAGUCAGUCUCCACUCUCCUCUCUCAGCAAAUGGCGGAGAGCCCCCAGCUGCCUUCCGCUAUGACCACCAAUCAGAACAUGAAGAAGAUUGAUGACCUGCUUGUGUCUCUUCAGAACCAGGGGAACAAUAACAUGGCUGGCUCCUUCUGAUGGGCUGAAAGCACUUUGAUGCAAAAGGAGACUUGGAAGAUUCCUUCAGCUCUUGUGACUCGGGAAUAUUGGAUGUCUGGAGUAAAAUCCCCCCCCCUCAAAG